AACCCACUAGUUCAUCAGGAAUAUCCUCAAUUAGAGGCCGAGGUAGAGCUAUUCCACGUCCGUCUUAAGCUCGAAAGUGUUGUCGAUCUGCAAACCCUCAUCAAGGGCGCGAAGAUAGCAAAACAACCAUGGGGCCAUCACACGCUCGAGCUCACCCCUGCGGAGUUACAAACCAUAAAUGAGGAGAACUCGGAGAAUUCGCUGUCGUUCUUGUCAACUAGGGGUCUCCUAGUUACUAUCAUGGCCACAGCUUGUGCGGCAAUCACACAGGGAUGGCAGCAAUCAACAAUCAAUGGAAGCGUUCUUUUGAACUGGCAGGAUGAUCUCGGCCUCGAUCUUGAUCAUGAUCCGCUUUUGAUUGGAUUCAUAAACGCAGCCCCUUGGCUUUCGGGAAGUCUUAUAGGAACAUGGUUGAGUGAUCCGCUCCAAGAAAAAUUCGGAAGACGUCCUGCGCUCUUCAUUGCAGCUGUUUUCUGCGUCGCUCUUGUGAUAGGAACGGCUCGUUGCAAUUCAUGGGAGUCACUACACGUCUGCAGAAUACUCCUUGGUGUUGGGAUCGGAUCAAAAGCUUCAAUAGCCCCCAUAUUUGCUGCUGAAGCAGCACCUGAUAAACAUCGAGGUCAAGUCUUGAUGUUGUGGCAACUCUUUGAUGCAUGUGGAAUAUUUCUUGGUUUCUUGUGCGCAUUUAUUGUAAUGGAUAGUUGGAGAGUGCUGCUCGCGACCGCAAUCAUUCCUGCUGUCGUGCUUCUAUUUCUGGUAUUUAUAUGUCCCGAGUCGCCGCGUUUUCUGAUACAGAGGAAUCGAUAUGCCGAUGCAUAUAAAAGCCUCCUCGAGCUCCGAGGAACACCCAUCCAGGCUACCCGAGACCUGUACUAUAUCCAUGCUCAGCUUCAGGCGGAGGCCGUUACAGUAUGGAAUCCUCACGAAGGACAGUCAUGGUGGUCGGACCGAGAAGAAAGUUACGUCUACCAGAAAUGGAUGAAAAGAGGAAAUUUCUUCAAGCGGAUGAUGUAUCUCGCCACGAAGCCGCGAACUAGAAGAGCGUGCGUGGUGGCUUUGAUUGUGAUGGCGUCGCAACAACUAUGUGGUAUCAAUAUUUUAGCAUUCUAUUCAUCCCAGCUUCUCAACGACGACGCCUUGUUUAAUUCCUCUACGGCCGUUAAAUGGUACAAUUUUGGUUUUGGUCUGGCCAAUGUUCUUUUCACUUUGCCAGCGUACAAGCUUAUUGACUCUCGUGGGCGCCGACCAUUGCUCCUUACAUCAUUUGUUGGGAUGUUCUUGAGUCUGGUUACAAUCAGCGGCUUCUUCAAAAUCGCGGAUCAUGAUACUCGGGUAAACCUGAUAGCAACAUUCAGCAUCAUAUUCUUUGUCUUUUUCUACUCGAUUGGUGCUGGGCCCAUCCCUUUUACCCUGAGUGCAGAGGUUUUCCCUCUAUGCGUGCGCGAGGUGGGAAUGAGCUUUAGUGUCAUGAUUAAUUUCCUUGGCCUUGGGCUUUUAGUACUUUUUGUGCCUCAGUUGACCAUGGCGUUUAAUGGAAAGGCAAAUCUUCUGUUCUUCUUCUCAGCCAUGAACCUACUGUCACUAAUAUUGAUUUUCCUCUUGGUUGGUCUCAUCUGCUUCUUUAUGCUGCGCUUCUUGCUGAUAUUUCAGGUCCCCGAAACCAAUUACGCGAAACUAGAGGAAAUGAACUCGAUAUUUUGCCGGGCAACAAAAGAACACAUUUUGAACCACGCUCCGUUCUUCAGACCCCUCUAUCGAAAAUCGUCACGCCAGGGAGAUAGGGAAACGGUCCUUCGAGAUAUAGAAUAA